AGAAGCACCGUUGCCCCGCUGGAACCUCCUCUUCCCGAACGAACCUGUCUCUAUCAAGAUCGUCUUCCAGCAAUAUCUGGCGCCACGUCAGACCAAAUGGAGAGACCGCCUGGGCUGGGUGUCGGUGACGAAUACCGCCGGCCAGGUCGUCUACGAUCCCUUCGUGACCUAUCCCAAGGAGCCAGGUCUAAUGAAGCACUUUAGCAACAAACGCUACAAUGUCGCCAAAGAAGACCUGCUAUUGCGCCAUGGCGCUCGCGAUGGAAAAGAGGUUGAAGAAAACCUCGUGCAAAUUCUCAAUGGCCGCGCAGUGGUUGUGCACAGCCGAAAGGGCUAUUCCGACGCGUGCUACUACUUCGAGGAUGUUCUGGGCGAUCUUCUCGUCUGGGACACGCAAUUAUUGUACGCCGACCUGCAGCACGAUGCACAACCCACCCUGUCUACCGUGACCAGACUCGUGCUGGGCCGAAGUGUCCACCGGGAAUUCGACCACACGCGCAGACCGGAUCAGGAUGCCAUCGCCGCCAUGGAGCUCUAUCUCUUACGCUUCCCUUAUGACCGUGAAGCCCAACGGAGGCUGUAUGAUCGGAUUGGGUGGACGCCUGGGCCUCCCCAACAACAGACAAAACCCAACUGGAAGAAGCGAAUCGAGAUCCAGAAGGCGAAAUCGACUUUCGAUCUCCAGAGUGGGCUCCGAAGCCCCGUUGCGCUCCAUCGGAGGCCUGGAUCCUCGGAAUGUCUCCGGGAGCCUGCCCCCAGUGCCACCGCUCCUGUAGAAGCUGUGCCGGCUGCACACCAAUUCGCUUUGCGACUUCAUCGACGCCACUUUGCAGAUACGCGCCCGAAAGGAGAUCGAGGUCCUCAUCAGGUCUUCUGAAACAGAACUGGAACUAUCUUACCUGCCUAAUAUAGCCACCCGGAUAUGCCGCUUGGCGAGACAUGCUCAUGUCCAUGGCUGGAGACGAUUCGCCCUUUUGGCCUACCUUAACUUGAUGAUUUUGCUGGCGGUGUCAUCAACUUUACGAACAGGGUCGCUUUCACUCUCCAAGCCACAUGGAUGUGGUAUUUUCCGGGACACGACGGCUGAGACUGUCCCAGGUGCUGCUGGUACUACAAAAAGCAGUUGCAAUAAACUCUUUGUUAUACAUGAUACAUAUCAGAUUAUACGCGACUUGGGCCAGCGGCCUCGGGCUAGUAUAUUAUCUCUCUACCUCCUUAUACGAAGUACACACUCGGGAAAAAUUAUCAUAUAUAAGGUACUUUGUCACCGACCGACACCUCCAAAGUACCACCUUCUAGCGGUUGCCCUUCACGGUGUGUCCUUCCACAUGGUGCCAGCGUGUGGGGGACCGUGGCUCGGGGCCUUCAAAACACCACGUCUACAGCUUUCCUCGCUCUCUCAUCCUUUCCCCCUCCAAUCACAUCCUUCCUCAAUUACAUUUGGCGGCUUUGUUCGCCCAGCAGCACAAUGCCUCGCAAGCCAGGAAUAGAUCGAAGAGCGACUGGCAUGAUUCGAGGAACAAAGCAGAGAGGAUGUCCUUUAUGGUGACUCGAAAUUGCAUCAAAAGAGCCACGAAAUACUCGAGGGCAUUCAUAAGGAAGCGUCCCCGACCAAGGGAUUCCUACGAUGGGAAGCAUCAACAGACAAAACUUCAAGUGCCUCUAUUAACAAUCCGGCUAUUCUGAGGAAGCCCAAUGCGCCAGCUCGUGGUGUAGGCAAAGGCACGCAAGUCGUGCCACGCUGGGAACUUCUCCUACCUGGUGAGCCCCUAGCCUUGGACAUUGAAUUCCAAAACUACCACAGAAUCGGCGAGAACCACCCUGUAGUUAAGGACAGCCGCGGCCGUGUCAAGGGCAAUUCCGGCAAACCCCAAUGGAGAAACCGUCUCGGCUGGAUCGGCAUCGUCAACACGCGUGGCGAGGUCAUUCUCGACGUUCACGUCUUCUACCCUCAAGACAAGGCCCUCCAAACUAUGUUUCCCUACGCGCCCGGCAAACAAUUCGGCGUGACGGCGCAGAGCGUCCGAGAGGUCAACGGCGCAGUCAAGGGCGAAGUCGUCGAAAAAUGGUGUAAUGAGCUCUUCCGUGACCACAGUGUAGUCUUCUUUGGCGGUUCAAAUGAUCGCACAGCAUUUUAUUACUUUGCAGAGAUGUUCAAGGAGGUUACUACCUACGAUGUGCAGGAAGAUUGGGCCAAUACGCCAGAAGGGGGGGAUAAGGCUACCCCGGGGCUUGCGGAGGUGACUAGGAAUGCUUUGAAGGUGGAGAUCCAAAAGGGUGGUGUGCAUGGUCCGGUGGAGGACGCACAGUAUACUAUGAAACUGUACAUGUUGAAGCAUGCUUUUGAUCGGGCGGAAGCAGCUGCGCAGUGGCAGGCUGUGUAUGGACCAUCAUUUGGCCAGUAG